CCAGAGUCACACUGCAAAGGAAACCUGUCACGCUCGUGCUGUUUUUUGUUUUUGUUUCUGGGGGUCGUGGGGCAACAGACCAUGAGUGGCAGGACUUGACUGUCAGCUUUUUGUCAUUUUGUACAAGAUAAAGAGAUCCGGACUGACAAGUGAAGACAUUUUAAAGGUACAAAGGAGCGCCUUUGUGUUUGUUGCCAUGGAAAUGCCCGGGAAGGUGGAGUUUAGAAAUGUGGGCUGCAGUUACUUUCCUCAGAGCAGAGUGGAUUGUCACUACACACUGAGCUCACUACACAACUGGGCCAGUAGUGACUGGAUAGGACUCUUUAAGGUGGGGUGGUCGUCAGUGAAGGACUACCACACGUUUGUUUGGGCAGUCGCCCCGGGUGACGAUGAAGAGGGCACAGAGGUCAACUGCUGUGUUCAGUUCCAUGCAUCGUACCUUCCUAAGCCCAGUGCACAAGAGUAUGAAUUUGUGUACAUCGACACCAAAGGGGAGGUUUGCUCUCGCAGCUCUAAAUUCACAUUCUGCACACCAAAGCUUCUGGAGGAUCUGGUGACCCUUGAGGAGGAGCCCCACGAGGAGGAGGGCACAGAUAUGUUGGUGGUCGUACCUCGGGCUCAAUUGUUGCAGAGCCGACUGCAGAAAUGUCUGCAGGAGCGAGCUGAGCUGCUGCAGAUCCAGGAGGUGACAAGCAGGCAAAGGGAGGAAGAGAGGGCAGAUUUCAACAGGGAGCGGGAGGGCUGGGGCAGACGACGCAAAGAGCUUGAGAACGACAUCGGCAGGCUGCAGGGAGAGCUGAAGAGAAGCCAGGAUAACAUUGAAGAGAUGGAGAGGAAGCAGGAGGCGGAAAUGGCUUUGGGAAAAUGUCUUACACAAGAGAAGAGUGCUUUAUUGGAAGUGACAGAGGCCAACCAAGUGCGAAUUAGAGAGCUGAAGGAGGACAUCAAAACUCUCAGGCAGAGAGCUGUGGAACGAGACGCAGAGCUGGAAAGGAUGGAGGAAAGAGCAAAAAACGCCACAGCUCUGCAAAAAGAAGAGGAGAGUGACAGACAGAUACUGCAGACCAUGUUGGAACAGACUGAGGGCGAACUCCGAAAUUUGUCCAAGGAGUUCCAAGGCCUGAGGAACUCGCUGGCCCAAAGAGACACCUGCGUGCUGCAGCUCCAGAACACCAUCAGCACCCUGACGCAGAAACUGACCACAGCCCACAGAAAGGAGGCAUUGAACGAGGCAACGCUAAAGGAGAUGAGGUGCCUGCAGGAGCGUCUGGACGCGAGUGAGCGUACCGUAGACGGCCUAAAAAACGAUCUAAGCACCACGGUAGCCCAGAGAGAUCGUGGGCAGGCUGAACUACAUCAGGCCCGCCUCCAGGCCGCCCAGCUUACCCUCCAACUUGCAGAUUCCAGUUUGGCACUGAGAGAGAGCAGAGCGCAGUGGGCGCAGGAGAGGCAAAGUCUGCAGGACAUCGCCAAGAGGGACCGUGAGCAUCUGGAGAAGCUUACUGCUGAUAUGCAAACGACGGAGGAGAGCCUGCAGGAGGAGAAGAUGGAGAGAGUGAAGUUGGAAGUAGAGCUCGGGAGAGAAAAGGAUUGUAACCGGGUCCAGCUGAGUGAAACCUGCCGGGAGCUCCAGGAGCUGAAGACUAGCUUGAGGGUUGCCCAGAAAGAGAAGGAGCACCUGCUUUCCGAGAAAAAAGAGUUGAUGGACUACAUCUGUCAGUUGGAGCAGAAGACAGAAACAGCAGCCAGUGCCAAGUGGAGCACUUCCCCCGCUGCUCCCACAGGCUAUACUCGACAUGACGGUGCCUACUUGGACAUGUCAGAUGUGUCGGAAGCUGACGACGCAGAGGCCUUGCAGCCUCUUCGUGCGACCGGACCGCUGGGAAACUACGGCCUGUGCGAGCAAGGACCGCCGAGCCUCUUUCUCCUCACUGCUACUCCGUCAUCCGCCCAGGAGAUGGAAAGGAGCACGGUGGUUAUCAGCCAGCCGGCCCCUCUCUCCUCACCACGGCAACCUGGGGGCGACACGAUGGCGCACAGCUCCGAUUCAGAGGAAGAACCUGAUUCACUGCAGUGUGGAGGAAAGCACAGCUCUGGAGAGGAAAUGGCGCUUUUGCUUCCUGAUCACGCAGACGCAGUGCUAAGUGAUCUGACUGACACAUCGCUAUGGUAACCGGCGGAGUGGAUGUCCCACACGUGAGAUGACGGGAUCCUUUUUGUUGGCGUGCUUCUACUCUUUUCCCCACGGACUACAUGUUGUUACGCAAUCUCCGUUAUCACCCCCCUCUCCAAAAAAAGAAUAACUCCAUAUUUACGCCAGUCGACCAGAGCGAGCGUUUAGGCUCGGGUUCGCUGUAGCCGAAUGAUUCGCGUUGAAUCAUUGCUACGUCGAGAGCUUUACGGCGGAUGUUAUGUCGUUUUUAUGACAUUUGUGAUUAGGAGUCAUGACAGGCACCGUAAUUAUGAUGUUUUGUGCAAGGGGCUGAGCCCCGCUGAAAAUCAUGGCGAAGCUCCCCGGCAAGCAUUAAAUUUUCCCCCAUCGCAGCUUUGAAUGCGAUUCACGACAACAUAAAGCAUUGAUACAGCGUCGUGUGAGAAUGAUUAUUUGGCAGUAAGGCAGUGCUGGGAUGUUAUAUUGCGUCUGCAUUCACUCCUGGACUAACAUUUGAAAUGCACUUUCCUAAACACGUUAGCAGUUGAUGAGCACGCAGUAAAAAUUUAGAGAUACCCAGGCGCUCUAAGAUGUUUUUUUUUUUUUUUUUUUGCCAUAGAACGCUUGUUGAGCUGAUUGAACCUGACAGAAACAUUACGUAUUCAUAUUAUUAUCAUAACUUAUAUGCUUCUACGUUUUCAUUUUAGUUCCGAUGGAUUUUGACUACCGAUAUUUAUUUGUGGCGCGUUCGUAGGGAGAUUUUUCAUACAUUUUUCUACCCUUAAUUCACAUUCACGGCGCUCUAAAUUCCUGCCUAAAUAAUUAAAGCGUUAUCUUAUGAAAGAAAAUCAUCUUUAUAGGCGCUGACAUUCAUGACAGGCUGUCGGUGUGUUCCCCCCAGGCUGGUGGUAAGAUACCGCCCCGGUUAAAAAGUCCUGCCUACCUAUCUGUUCAUGAAUACUGUAUUCAUUUUGUACAUUUUCUAUCUCUAAUGAAGUCCAGUUGGGCUGCAUUUAAGCUAAAUACAAGUCAACUAAGACGGCUAUGAAACUUUGAUGCAUUGCAGUUUGCUGAAUUUCUACCCUAUUUUUACUGGAAAAGACUUUUUAUGAUAAAAACAUGAAUGGAGGUGGGCAUAACAGUGGAUUCAAUUAUUGUCAAUUGUGUGGAAUUGAUUGUUGAUGAAUUAUCCUGAAGAAUUGGAGCAAAAAUUUAGUGCACUACUUUGCUGUAACCAGCAGAGGCACUGUUGAGUGGUCUCAGUUAUUUAGCUUUUUCAAAAAGUACAUCAUUAUGACGGCUUAAUAUUACAAUCUGAGUUCAGAAAAUGCAACUUUGAAUGAAAUGACCUUUGCGUGCACUGUUAUACCCAUCCUGAAUAUGGCUACUUUAUCAUGAUAACAUAUUAUAACAUAUUGCGUGUCGUGUUUAUGCAUAAAUCAUAAUCGUUUUUUUAAUUUAACUUUAGUAAGACUUUCUAUUUACAGCAUUUUAUUUUAACGAAAGGGAAGAUUCCCCCGUUUAUUGAGCUGAAGCUGGAAGGGAAAAUGGAAAUGGAUUUUAAUGUUUAAUCAGCUUCCGUGGGAUUAUUGAAUUUGUCAUAACUGGGGAGUUUGAUCAGGUUUAAUAGGCCAAUCUGUCAUUGUCAGUGUGUUUUUCUGGUGUUCACACUUUGCGUCGUUUUUUUAGAAGUACACUAUAUUUACACUACAUGCCUCGUACUUGUUAUGUGACUUUUGAGGUCAUUUCCUUCCGUCACCUCACAAUAAAGCUGCAUCGAGUUAAUGGUUUGUUUUUGGACGUCCUGUGUGACACGUUUAUCCCCGGACUGUGUAUUUUCCUUCUAUCAGCCAUGUAACAGGUUCGGGGCCGGGGUUCAUGUAUAAUAAUAAAAUGCUUUAUGUAUCCAUGA